UCACACAGACUCAGUUCCCAACCACACGGACACUUCACCACCGAGACGAUGUCGCGUGCUCCUCUGCCCGUCUUGCUAGUCCUCUGCGCCGUCGGCGCGGCCGCCGCAGCCGUGCCGAGGUACCGCGAGGCGUCGCACUUCACCAACUCGGCGGCGGCUCAGUGCCCUCCGCCGCUUCCCGCGUCGGACGCGGACGCGGCGUGCUCGCCGCACGCGGCGGUGCACGUGGCCAUGACGCUGGACGCGUCGUACCUGCGCGGCACCAUGGCCGCCGUGCUCUCCGUGCUGCGGCACGCGUCCUGCCCAGAGUCCAUCCACUUCCACUUCGUCGCCUCCUCCGCCACGGGGUCGGCGGCGGCGGAGCUGAGGGACACCGUUCGCGCGUCGUUCCCGUCGCUGGCGUUCCGGGUGUACCCGUUCGCCGACGAGAAGCGCGUGGCGGGGCUCAUCUCCACCUCAAUCCGCGGCGCGCUCGACCGGCCGCUCAACUACGCGAGGUCCUACCUCGCCUCCGUGCUGCCGUCGUGCGUGCGCCGCGUCGUGUACCUCGACUCCGACGUCGUCCUCACCGACGACAUCGCGGCGCUCGCGGCGACCCCGCUCUCGGGGGAGGCGGCCGUGGCGGCGCCCGAGUACUGCGGUGCCAACUUCACCGCCUACUUCACGCCUGGGUUCUGGGCUUCUCCCGCGCUGUCGUCGACGUUCGCGGACCGGCGCGCGUGCUACUUCAACACGGGCGUGAUGGUGCUCGACCUGGUGCGGUGGCGGCGGGCUGGGUACACGGCCCAGAUCGAGGAGUGGAUGGAGCUGCAGAAGCGGGUGCGCAUCUACGAGCUGGGCUCGCUGCCGCCGUUCCUGCUCGUGUUCGCGGGGCGGAUCGCGGCAGUGGACCACCGGUGGAACCAGCACGGCCUCGGCGGGGACAACUACCGGGGACUCUGCCGCAGCCUGCACGCCGGCGCCGUCAGCCUGCUACACUGGAGCGGCAAGGGGAAGCCCUGGGACCGGCUCGACGCCGGGCGGCCGUGCCCUCUCGACGCCGUCUGGGCAAAGUACGACAUGCUCCGGCCGGCCGCCGGCAUCGAGAGCUCGUGACGUCACAGCGUUCGAUCGAGCGUUCUUUUUCUUGAUCGAUUUACAAGCAUCGUCUUCGUUCUUUUGUUGAUUAAUUUUACGCGGAUAGAUCAUCAGGAUGUUCGUGUGAAUUGUACAUAUCGAUCAGUGGAAUAACAGAGAUGGGUUAGACUUUUUUAUCUUCAAA